AUGAUUCCUCGUCGGGCACUGAAGCCAUAUCUGGCUGAAUUUCUCGGAACAGCCCUGCUCAUCGUCAUCGGGGAUGGAGUCGUCGCUCAAUGCCUGCUGUCCGAUUACCAGUACGGCACCUGGUUGUCCAUCAACAUCGCCUGGGCCUCUGCCGUCUGCCUAGCUAGCUAUCUGUCUGAUCCCAGACCGACCAUCAACCCGGCUGUGACUCUCUGCAUGGCUUUUGUGCGUCCAUCUGCAGGACAGUGGAAAAGCAUCCCGGCCAAGCUGGUUGCACAGUUCCUGGGCGGGUUCGUCGGCGCUGCGAUCGUGUAUAUAAAUUACCGCUCGGCCAUCAACGAUUGGGAUCCCGAAUAUACCAUUCCCGGCGGAUCGAUCCUGAGCCCGCGCGGUCACCAUUCAGCGGGCAUCUUCUCCACCUAUCCAGCUGCAUUCUUCCAGUCGAACUGGGAGGCUGUGUUUUCUGAGCUGCUAGGCUCAGCUGUGCUGAUGUUUGGCUCUCUCAGCAUCUUCGACCCGGGGAACACCCAUCGGUUUCCUGCUCCGCAGCUCUCCCUCUUUCUACUCCUGUGUAUGAUUGGAGCGGCAUUGGGCUGGCAGACCGGCUACGCUCUUAACCCCGCUAGAGACUUUGGCCCGAGAUUAUUCUCUGCUAUCAUCUAUGGCCCAGAAGUGUUUACGGCGGCCAACUACUAUUUCGUUGUUCCCCUCUUCGCCCCUAUUGUCGGUUGCAUUAUAGGCGCGAUGACUUACGACGGGAUGCUGUUCGAGGGAGACGGAUCGCGCAUUGCCGAUGCGCUAGACAAAGCCGAGGCUUACGGAUCUCUUCGACUGGAGUGA